GCGGGGGGCCGAGCGGUAAUUUAAGAGGAAUUCGGUGCUCGCGUUCCCGAUAUCCGCCGUUAUCAACUGAUACGGGCAUCGACAGCGGUGCCUCGAAUUAUCGAAGCGCGCGCGUCCAUCUCGCGCGCGCGAUGUGACGUGCGCGACGCGACGCGACGCGCCCGCCGAGUGAUGUUUUCACGCAUGUUUACGCGGGGGAGUGAUGGGCGCACGGUAUUUUAAGACAUCGAGUGAGUGUAUUGCGCGUAUACGUGCGCGACGUGCGUAUCGUUAUCUUGACUCGUCGCUACGUCGCCGAUCUGCCGUCCCGACGCUUUAUCGCGAUUCGGAGCGAUAGAUAGCACCUCGCCGUGACGCGAACGGCGGCAUUUAAAUGUAAUCCUACUUUGCGGUUGCCAAGAUGCCGUUCAAGUUCCACCUGAAGAAGAGCAGGCAGUACAACGUCCUGUCCAAGAAUCAGUACGUGAUCUGCGUCGAGCUGUUGGACGCCACUUCGAUAGAGUGCACUCUCAGCGUCGACAGCGUCGGCCAGGAGUGCCUGGACAACGUGACGCAGCGCUUGGGACUUGGGCAGCCCGAGUACUUCAGCCUGCGCUACGUCUGCCGUAACACGUUGUCGCUUCGAUGGAUAGACAUGGACAAGCCUCUGAAGAGGCAGCUUGAGAAAGACGCCAAGAGCCUCGUACUUUAUUUAAGGGUUAUGUACUACAUUGUGGACGCGCAGCUCAUUCAGGACGAGAUGACAAGGUACCACUAUUAUCUUCAACUGAAGAACGACGUGCUGGAGAACAAGAUACACUGUAAUUACAGGCAAGCUUGCGUGCUGGCGAGCUACUCUAUGCAGGCCGAGUUCGGGAAUUACAGUCCGGAGCGACACACGCUGGAGUAUCUCCAGCAGUGCACUUUCCUCCCAAAUGAUGUGAACAAGGCCGACCCGGGUGGGCAAGAUUCUCUCUUGCACACGGCGAUAUGCCAGUACAAGGGUCUUGUCAAUAUGACGCAGGCUACUGCGGAAGAACUGUAUAUCUCAAUUGCCAUGCAACUGGAGGGAUACGGCACCGAAACGUUUACUGCCAAGGAUAGCAGCAACAACAAAGUUAUCCUUGGAAUUUCUAUCAACGGAAUUAUGGUGGCUUACCCUAAUACACAAACGACGCAGUUUUACAGGUGGAAAGACAUCAGCAAUGUCAUAAAUCAGAAGAAAACGUUUAGAAUAGAGUAUAAAUGUGAAGAGGCGAAGCAAUUUGUGUUUACCGAGUCGCGCGAUGCGAAAUAUAUAUGGAAAUUGUGUAUAGCUCAACAUUUAUUUUAUAUACAGUAUCAAGAACGCCGUCCACAAGAAAGAUCUAGUGGCUGCUGUGAUAACGAUACAAACGAUUCGAGCGAGCAAGCAGUGUCCGUGAACUCUGAUCACCUCGGGCAUCGAACCUCGGACACGCACACGCGGUGGACAAGCUACAACGAUCUCUCGAUACCGUCACCGUGUCCUGUUGUGUCUGUCUCGUCAACCGAUAUAAAUAGUUUGCGCGCGUUAUUACCGUCGUAUAGACCGGCGCCCGAUUACGAAACGGCGAUCCAAAUGAAAUACAACAACGGGGGAAACGCGUCUCAGCCUUAUUAUGCGAAUCAAUCUGCGAUAGUUGGUUCGGAUAUCUCGUGCCUGCUGGGUGUAAAUCGUAAUAGGUACUGAACUGAAUGAGAUACAAAAUCGCCUAGUAUCAAAACUUUUACCGACUGAUUUGUGAUAGAAAGUGUGUGAAUUUGUGGCAAAGUAUUUUGACUAACAUGCAAAGAAAGAGAUUACAUAUAUAUAAUUCAUAAAUAUUGCACAUAAAAUAUUUAUAAUUAUAUAUGAAUAUAUUUUAUA